CCCUCUUUUUUUCUUCUUUCUUUCUAUUUCUCUCUCUUUGUGUAUCAAAUUUUGGGUGGUAUUUAAAUAGCACCUAUUUUUAAUUAGAAAUUGUAAGCACCCUUUUUUUUUUAUAUAUAAUUAUUUUUAACAAGAAAAAUUUUUUAUAAAAAGAUUACACAAGAUUCUUUUUUUACCAUCGUUACUAUAGAAAUUUAGACUUCUUUUUCAACUUUAUAUACUAUGGGUCGCAAAAAGAUCAAGAUUCAACCCAUUAAGGACGAUCGUAAUAGACAGGUCACUUUCUUAAAAAGAAAACACGGUCUUAUGAAGAAGGCAUACGAGUUGAGUGUCUUGUGUGAUUGUGAAAUAGCCUUGAUCAUAUUUAACAACAGUGGGAAACUUGUUCAAUAUGCAAGUACAGACAUUGAUAAAAUACUGAUGAAAUAUACAGAGUAUAAUGAACCUCAUGAAAGUAAAUCAAACCAAGAUUUUAUCAACUCAAAUGAUCAAGAGGAUUCAAUAAAAGACGAAGAUGAGGAUCAUGCCGAAGAAGAACCACAAGCAAAUGAGAUGAAAAAAAACAAUGCCAUGGCUACCAUGGUAACUGUACCAACACAAGCUACAAAUUAUAAGCCCGGCAACGCGCCUCCAAGUCAUUUGCCACAUCCUCCUACUAUCCCGCCACAAAUGUACUAUUCACAACAACCGCAACAACACCAUGGUCAUCACCCACAACAGCCACCACAACCACAAAUGCGCUAUAAUAGUAAUCAUAUGCAACAGGGUUAUGAUAUGUAUGGUAUUCAACCACAACCACCACAACCACCAAUGUAUAUGCUUGGUAAUAGUAUACCAUCUCAUCCUCAACCUUAUCCUAUCUUACCUGCUCAGACGCAACCACAACAAACACAACAGCCUUAUUAUCCUCAAGCGUAUUCUGUAUCUCCUCAACCUUCUGCUCAGCAUAGUAGACAGCCUUCAUUCCAAUAUAGUUCUAUAAGUAAUGUCUCAUCACCCAAUCCAAGUAGUAAUAAUGGCCCUGCCAGUCCUGCUAUGUCAACCCAUAGUAAUAUAAGCACAGGUAAAAAACCACCCAAGUUACGUGUACAAAUACCAGACACGGGUGAUAAGACACCGCCUGCCGCCAAUGAUACAACAAAGCAUCAACAUCAUGUCUCUGUUUCUUCUAUUGCUUCGGAAAAGGAAGAAAAUAAAGAACAACAGCCCAAGACAACAUUACCUCCUCCUCCUCCUCCUCCUCCUCAAUCACAACAACCAAUCACGAGUAAUGCAUAUUACAAUAGGCCAGGAUUAUCUGAACCAGGACCACCUUCAGCACUCCCUUCACAAUUUGCACAAAACUUGCCUUCACCCUCUACAUUUUAUCCUGAAUUUUAUCAACAGAAUGAAUUGCCUAGCCCAUUAAAUUUCAAUUCAACGCCUGUUGCAGCAAAUAAUAAUGGAAACAGUAAUGCAUUCCCUUGGCCGCCUGGCGGUCAAAGGGAUUAUAGACCUUCUCCUUUAAAGCCUGAAUUACUGGAUAAUAAACGCGGAUUUGAAGAGAAUAACGAUACUGAAAGAACCAAUCUAAAGAAACCAAAAUCAUGAAAAUUUUUUUAAAAAAUUACAUAAAAAUUAU